GGAUUGUGGUAUCAUGCUUCCUUAGUUCUUUUUCUCAGUUAUCAUCUUCCUCUUCCUUUUCUCUCACUGAAUCUCUCUAAGUAAGCGAUUCUCUCUCUCUCUCUCUCUCUCUCUCUCUCUAAAAUGGGUUCGAGCAGCAGUCGAUUGGGAUCGCGUCCAUCUCGUUCCCGAGUCAAUGGUUCAUCCAACCGCUCCAGGUCCAGACUCUCUUCGUUAAUUUGCGGUGGCUCGUCUUCUCGCGCUACGUAUGAGAUGGAAGAUCAUCCAGCUGAGUGUCUAGUUAAAUCUUCAGAACGUUGUUCACAAAUCCAUGGAGUUCACAACUCCAGGGUUGAAUCUUCGUUUUCUGUCAGAGCAGGAACAGGGUUAACUAGUCCAAGUACUGAAACUGCAGCCAUGGCUGAUCGCUCUUCUGAAGAUGGCUUGAGAAGAUUUGGAACUAAUAACCAUGGUUCUACAUACUUGUCUGAUUGUAAGGAGCUAAUUUCUCCUCGUCAGGUGAGUGAUGAUUGUAGUCAUGAUGAUUCUUCUAGGGAUAGUACUACUACAUCUAGUACUUUGUUUAAAGAACAACAAUCUUCAGACACACUCUCUGUGAAUGUUUCGGCUAACGCAAAUUCAGUCAAUGGAAUUGAUAGCUCACUGCAUAAUGGUGAAUCUAGGACCAAUUCUGAGGUUAUGCGUGCAAGCAGUUCAUCUUCUCAGGGUGGUGGCAGUUCACGUUUUGAUGUUUUUCCUGUUGAGAAUCAUGAGGGUGAAGUUAGUUCUAGUUCUGUUCGACUUUCCUCUCCACCAGCAACUUUUCACUCAUUUGGAAAUGAACCCCUUCAAGAUGUAGGUUCAGGUUUAGGAUUCCUUGUCUCAAACAGGGAAAGGGCCCGAACUGAUAGCGGUUUGCUUCAAGUGGAUGUCGUGAGUAUUUCUUCCAAUAUGCUGUCUAAUAGCAGUCCUAAUACAAGUAACCGUGAAGCCAGAAGGAAUAGUAGAAGACUAUUCUGGGAUGCAUUUUCCAGACGCAGUUCCAGAAGGCAUAUUGAUUCUCCAACCAUUCUAUUUUCCAUGGAUGAUAGUGAGGACCUAGGUUCUCAUGACAGGUGGCUACUUGGUUUCAGUGGUGACUUUUUUGAUGAUGGGAAUGGAACUGAUUCUGGAUACCUGGGUGGUAGGAUUCCAUACUCAAGUGAACGUCAGCGGUACUCAAGAUCUGAGGCAUUGGAAAGACUACGCGGUGGUCUGGAUGACAAUGGUCGACGAAAUACUUUUUGCCCAUCAGGACUCCAUCCUGAUGGUUCAUGCCCAUGUGAGUCUUUAUUGAUGAAUGAAGAAUCUACUACUCGUGCAAGUAUAUCUAGAAUUGUCAUGCUGGCUGAAGCUUUAUUUGAGGUUUUGGAUGAAAUUCACCGGCAACCCGUCUCACUUUCCCUAUCUAUGGUCUCAAGUCCUGCCCCAGAAUCAGUUGUUGAUUCCUUUCCCCUUAGAAUCCACUCAAAGAAUGACAAGGCCAAGGGCGGGGAUGAAGUUUCAGAGUGUUAUAUUUGCCUUGCCGAGUAUGAAGAAGGGGACAAAGUUAGAGUUCUUCCAUGCCACCAUGAAUACCACAUGUCAUGUGUGGAUAAGUGGCUAAAAGAGAUUCAUGGAGUAUGUCCACUCUGUCGAGGUGAUGUUCGUGAAGGUCCCACAGGGUGUUCUGUCUCUAACUCGGAGAUACCUUCUGUCUAACAUAAAACUGUAUAUAUUAAUGUAAAGAUUUCGUCUUUGUAAAUAAAUGAUAAGGUUUUUUCUUUUAAAAAAAAUGUUGUAAUGUUUCUCAUGAAAUAUUCUUUCUGUGUCUGAAAUUGAUAUACAGCAUCUUUUCACCAUGAUGCGGUUUUGCUCUGCUUUUUGUAGUGAACUUUAGAAAUGAUGGCAUUUGCUGGAUCCAUACGUUCUACCUUUUCAA